AUGAGAAACAACAAGCCGAUAAUUCUAACGAAGAAGAAGCCCGAAGACCAAAACAAGCCGAAGACAGCGGCCUUAGAAGACUCCGAACUUAAGAUGGUGAGCAAGGAGGCUGGGGAUUCCAUAGCAAAUGCAAGGACUCGGAAGGGAAUGUCAAGAAAAGAUCUGGCUCAAAAGAUGAAAAAAAAUGUAUCUGUGAUCGAUAGUUGGGAAAGAGGUGAAGCGGUCUACAAUGAAAAGAUUGCACAGGAGCUUGAAAGUAUCCUUGAGUUCAAAAUCAAUUGGAAAUAA